GGAAGAAAUGACCAUGACGGAAUGAAGGGGAGGAAUGAACAUCAGUUGGAGUUUGGGAACCCUCUGAACAGUGCACCUUGAGCAUUACUUUCUGUGUCAGUUAAGAUAAUGGUAGCUCCUAUAAAACCGAUACCAAGAAUGUACUAGGGCUUAAACACCAUAGAAACUUCUUUCUUGCUCUCCUACACUCUCACAUACAUUCCUGAUCUGUUGGUACCUCUUUUCCAAGAAGUGACUCAGGGACCCAAGCUCCUUCCAUGUUGUGGUUUGUCCAUAUUCAGUUUACAGAAGCUUGCCAAGGCCACUGCAUAUGUCGUGUCAGUGGAGUGAGAAGCGUGAGGAGGAUUGGACCUGGAAAUGAUACCUAACACUCCCGCUCACGUCCAUGGACUAGAACUUUGUCACGUGCCACAUCUAAUUCCAAGGGAGGCUGGGGACUGGAGUGAGUUUGUGAGCCCCUGAAGAAAAGGAAUUCAGUUUGAGAAGCUCCUAGUCCAUCUGCUAACUGUUAUCUGGACAUGACUUGGUUGUCUCUCCUGGAGAGUGGAUGAGUAUGCCUUUGUGCCUGUGUGUUCUGCAGCGUGCUACCCAGGGUCAUAUCAGGAUGCACAGGAAGACUGCAAUAAGAAACUAAUACAACGUAUUGUGAGCGAUCAGAUCACGCCUGCUAGCCUGAGAGAGGAAUGACUUGGCAAAUUGAUGGCUCCGCGUGAAUCUUCAUACAGUUUCCCCGACCGCCAUCCCCCCUGUUCGGUAUAUGUGUCGCCAAAGGGAGCAGUCGUGUCCCUCCUUAUGGAGAGAAGGGAACCAAGACCAAGAGAGAGAGGCCAGUGUCCAAGGCCCCACAGGAAGUGAAGGGAAGAGCUGGCAGGAGGGAGACAUGCCGGCUCUGUCCAAUCUGACACAGACGCUGGAAGAUGCCUUCAGAAGGAUUUUUAUCACUUAUAUGGACAACUGGCGCAGGAACACGACAGCUGAGCAAGAGGCCCUGCAAGCCAAGCUUGAUGCUGAGAACUUCUACUAUGUCAUCUUGUACCUCAUGGUGAUGAUCGGCAUGUUCUCCUUCAUCAUUGUCGCCAUCCUGGUGAGCACGGUGAAAUCCAAGCGACAAGAGCACUCCAACGACCCCUACCACCAGUACAUCGUGGAAGAUUGGCAAGAGAAGUACAAGAGUCAAAUUUUGAAUCUAGAAGAAUCAAAGACCACCAUCCACGAGAACCUCGGGGCAGCAGGGUUCCACCUGGCUCCUUGAUGAGGAGGAAAGGCGUCAAGCCAACAGAGGAUACCUGGGUGUGAAGAGACGCCUGUGCCGUGGAGCAAAUCCAAGUUGUCACUGCUUAGACGACACUAAGCUCCUUGCUUUCUGUUGAGAAUUUUCACGGAGAUCCUGUGGCGACUCAACUAAGAUGACAAUGGUAAUCUCAGUGUGAUUUAGACUUGCUCAUCAGAGCCGUGUUUUAUGCUGAAGAUCCCUUUUACUUUCUGUGCAACAUAAAUGUCACUUUAGUCAAUGUCAAAUUUGACACAUUUUGUCGAGUGAGUGGAAAUAAAGUCAAAUUUGAAGGACA